GGCUGUCGUGUGAAUAGCUCCCUUCCCGCGGCCACUGAUUGGCCGGGUGGGGCGGAGUCACGGUCGGAGUCCCGCCCAGCGCCGGACUGGACGCCCGAAGCGGCGAGGCGGGCGGCUCGGUAUCAUCCCCAAACAGACUGCAGACUGUGCGUGUGUUGUGCUCGAUGCGACCAUGCCCCUACUAAAGAGGAGUGUGGAGCCCCGCUCCCUGUGCCGGGGCGCCCUGCCCGAGGCCAUCAGCAGCGAGCUCGAGUGCGUCACCAACAACAGCCUAUCAGCCAUCAUCCGGCAGCUCAGCAGCCUGAGUAAACAUGCAGAGGACAUCUUUGGAGAGCUCUUCAAUGAGGCCAAUAGUUUUUACCUGCGGGCCAACUCCCUCCAAGAGCGCAUCGAUCGGCUUGCCGUCAAAGUCACUCAGCUGGACUCUACUGUGGAGGAGGUGUCCCUCCAGGACAUCAACAUGAAGAAGGCCUUCAAAAGCUCUACCAUCCAGGACCAGCAGGUGGUGUCCAAGGGCAGCAUUCCCAUCCCUGUGGUUGAGAUGUACAGCUUCAGUGACAAGCCCCCACCCCUCAGCAUCCUCUCCCCCUAUAGGGACGACUGCAGGGAUAGCCUGAAAUUCUACACUGACCCCUCGUACUUUUUUGACCUGUGGAAGGAGAAGAUGCUGCAGGACACAGAGGACAAAAGGAAGGAGAAGCGACGGCAGAAGGAGCAGAGGCGCGGGGUGGACAGCACACUGCCACGGGAGGUGAAAAAGGUGCGCAAGGCUCGCAACCGGCGCCAGGAGUGGAACAUGAUGGCGUUCGACAAGGAGCUGCGGCCAGACAGCUGCCAUUCCCGCACUGUCCACCAGGGGGCGGAGUCUGAGGCAUCCCUGUCCCCCGACAGCAGGUCCUAUGCCUCGGACCACUCAGAUCACAGCUUUCUAGCCACACCCAAUCACGUGGGCCUCAGUCACAUGCAUCCGGCAAACCACACCCCCAUCACAGAGCAUGAUUACCACUGCACCACCGUGGGCCAAAGGGGGGGCACGCUGGGGCGACCACAUCAGCCCCCUCCUCCUCCUCCUCCAGCAGAGGCUGUGGAUGGCACAAUGCCCCUCCCCCCCGAUGACUACAGGAUGUUUUCUGGCCAGAUACUCAAUUUCUAUGGGGCACCCCUCCCGCGGCUGCCCCCCGCCCCUCUCAUACCAUCAGCACAGACCGCUUUUGCUACACCCCCUGGGGGACUUCCUCUGCCCCCUUCCAUCAGCAGACCAAUGGUGGCGGCUGCCAGCUAUUUGGCCCCUCCUCCUGCCGCUGUGGUACCAAUGGCGGCCCCAUCCCCACCAGGGCCCCCAACCCCACCCCCUGGCCCUCCUCUACCCAGCGAGACUCAGCCAAUGGGUGAUGCACGCAGCGACCUGCUGGCCGCGAUACGCAUGGGCAUCCAGCUGAAGAAGGUGCAGGAAGAGCAGGAACAGCAGGCACGCCGUAAUCCCGCCGGCAAUGACGUGGCCACCAUCUUGUCGCGCCGCAUCGCCGUGGAGUACAGCGAUUCCGAUGAUGAUUCUGAGCCCGGCGACGGUGCCGACUGGUCCGAUUGAUGGGCUGGGGCAGGGGAAGCUGUCCACUAGGGUCGCAGGGCCAUAGCCCACAGUGUCCAUGAUGCAUCAGGCGUGAACAAAUCUGUUGUAUCAGAGAUCUGAACGGAGCACAGCACAAUCUCCAGGGUACUCAGCCAUGGGUAGGAAGGACCCUAGCCCUGGGCAGACUCCCCGUCGCCCUCUGUAGCCUUCUGUGGGGGCAACUUCAGCCCACGUGGGGGUGGGAGAGAACCUAGUGCUAAAAGCUAAGUGAUGCCUGGGGUUAGCACAAGCUAUCUGCAUUUAUCAACAUGCAUACUUUACCGCCGCUCUUGUGUUGUCGCAUACAUUUUUAAUGGCAUUUUCCAUUACCAAAAUACAGUGGCAAUACUCAAUGACAGAAGUACGGAGGACCGUAAAAAUCCCAGGAUGUUCUUUUUGCCCCCCCCCCCCCCCCCCCAAAAAAAAAUAAAAAAAUCAAGGAUGUAUUGGUUGCAUCUCUGCCACCAAGAACAAUCCCAUGAUUCAUUCCCAAGUUCGUUCUUGAGAAGCAAAUUAGCAAGUACAUUCUUUGAGUUCUUGGUUUUGAUAAACACCCUUUUCACUUAGUGAUUCGUGUGAUUAGUACAUGGCUUUCUGUUAUCACUCAGUGGUACCUGGGUUUAGCACAUGGCUUCCUGCUUUCACUUAGCGAUGGCUAAGGGUAACAUAUCUGGGUGUUUAUCGAUAUGUGUACUUGACCAUUCUUGUGUUCUUGCGCACCCAUUUCACAUCAUCUUCCAUUGCUGAGGACCAGGUCCAAUACUAAGAAGAGAAGAAGAUGGAAAAAAUCCACGGAUGUCAGUCUUGCCCCGCCCCGAAUGUCAAGGACACAUCGGUUGUAUCCUCACCGGACCAGGCUAAUCCCACAAUUAAUUGCACCCUAAUACUCAAGAACAAAAGUAUGGAGGACGGUAAAAAUCCCUGAAUGUCCUUAUCCAGCUCGAAAUACCGUGGAUACAUUGACUGCAUCCUUGCAAAUGAGAAAAAUCCCAUGAUUCAUUGUGUCCCAAGUUUGUUCUUGGGAGGCAAGUUAGCAAGAAUGCUUUUGCCAAGAACACAAGCACGUUCUUUGUGUUCUUCGCUUGAUAAACGCCCUGUUUUUACUUAGUGGUGCCCGGAGUUAGCAAAUAGCUAUCUGUUAUCACUUAGCGAGACCUGGGGGAUCUGUGGUUUUCUCUGGUGAAUCCCAGGCAUGAUUAACGCUGCUCUUGCUCUGUGAAUAUGAACGGAAUAAAUAAAUCAGUAACUGUUUGUAA